AUCUACACGCUGCUGAAGCUUGCUCGGAAGUGACGUCAGGAAGCAGGAAGAGAACCGGAAGACUCAGGAGGUCAGAGGGUUAUAGUGUAAAGAUGGCGGCGAGCAUGGCCAGGAGCCGGGCGUGGGUCAGGAUCAGGAGAUAUGGGGUUCCUACCUACAGGAGGUACAGCAGCAGCAGCAACACCUACCCCAGCAUACCACUUACCUCUUCCUUACCGGGAGUGCCCAAGCCGGUCUUUGCAAGAGUUGACGGACAGGAGAAAUUUGAGACUAAAGUCACCACUCUGGAGAAUGGGCUACGUGUGGCGUCUCAGAACAAAUUCGGGCAGUUCUGUACAGUCGGUCUCCUGAUAAAUUCCGGAUCCAGGCAUGAAAACAAGUAUCUCAGCGGCAUCUCCCACUUCCUGGAAAAGCUGGCCUUCUCCGCUACGGCUCGGUUUGGCAGUAAAGAUGAGAUCCUGCUGACACUGGAGAAACACGGGGGGAUCUGUGACUGCCAGACCUCCAGAGAUACCACAAUGUACGCGGUGUCUGCAGAUGCUAAAGGCCUGGAUAAUGUGGUGAGCCUGCUGGCGGAGGUGGUGCUGCAGCCGCGGCUGUCUGAUGAGGAGCUGGAGAUGACGCGGAUGGCUGUACGCUUUGAGCUGGAGGACCUGAACCUGAGACCAGACCCAGAACCGCUGCUGACUGAGAUGAUUCACGCAGCAGCGUAUCGGGACAACACAGUCGGCCUUCCCAGGUUCUGCCCUGUGGAGAACAUUGAUAAGAUCACCCGGAAUACUCUUCACUCCUAUAUGCAUAACUACUACACCCCGGAUAGGAUGGUGUUGGCUGGAGUGGGCAUCGAACAUGACCAGCUGCUGGAGUGUGCCAGGAAGUACCUACAAAAGGUGGAGCCUGUGUGGGCAUCUGGAAACCCCCGGAGCAUCGACCGAUCCAUCGCUCAAUACACAGGAGGGAUUGUCAAGGUGGAGAAAGACAUGUCAGAUGUGAGUCUGGGGCCCACCCCCAUCCCGGAGCUCACACACCUGAUGAUCGGCCUGGAGAGCUGCUCCUUCCUGGAAGAUGACUUCAUCCCGUUUGCAGUAUUAAAUAUGAUGAUGGGAGGUGGAGGUUCCUUCUCUGCCGGAGGUCCGGGGAAAGGCAUGUUCUCCAGGCUGUACCUCAAUGUGCUGAACAGGCACCACUGGAUGUAUAACGCAACGUCCUAUCAUCACAGUUAUGAAGAUACGGGACUCCUGUGCAUUCACGCCAGUGCUGACCCGCGCCAGGUGAGAGAAAUGGUGGAAAUUAUCACUCGGGAAUUCACGCUGAUGGCCGGAUCCGUGGGAGAGGUGGAGCUAGAACGGGCAAAGACUCAGCUGAAGUCCAUGCUUAUGAUGAACCUGGAGGCCCGGCCAGUGAUCUUUGAGGAUGUUGGGAGACAAGUGCUAGCCACCGGGACGAGGAAACUUCCACAUGAACUUUGCUCUCUCAUCAGUAACGUGAAGGCAGGCGACAUAAAGAGAGUGGCCACUAAGAUGCUGCGGAGUAAGCCGGCGGUGGCCGCGCUGGGAGACCUGUCAGAGCUGCCGGAAUACGAUCAUAUCCAGGCUGCGCUCGCCAGUAAGGACGGCCGACUCCCCCGAUCAUACCGCCUCUUCCGGUAGGGCAGUGCCCUCUGCAACAAACGGAACAGACAGAUGUGUGGUUUGAACGGUCUGCGCUGUCCCCAGAGGCGUAUAUUUUGUCUCCAUCAGCGAUGAUGUAUAUCAGGAAGAUCUCCGAGGAGGAGUCCCGCUCAGGACGCACUGGAGAACGCUCUCGGCCCUCACUGCUAAUUUUAUAAAAAUGUACAUUUUCCUGACCCUUUUUAUUCACUGAGCCAAUAUUCAGCUCACCAGAUGCCGGCAAUGUCACUCACUGAGGUCGUGGCGGUGUCACUGAGGCAUGAGGCACAGACAGGUCCACAAGUUACAUUCUGAUGAAUAUUGGGUCAGCUCACAAACUGUUCUACUGGGUUUAGUUACAAGAGUACUGAGCAGAGAUGUAUAAAUUCUCCUCAUAUUGUGCCCUGGUGCGUUAUACGUGUAAUAGUUACCGUGUACAGCAAGGCCGUAUUACCGCAACCUGCGCUCCUGGCACCAGUAUUACCGCAACCUGCGCUACUGGCACCAGUAUUACCGCAACCUGCGCUACUGGCACCAGUAUUACCGCAACCUGCGCUACUGGCACCAGUAUUACCGCAACCUGCGCUACUGGCACCAGAUCCUAUAGGAGCCUGUACAUUGUGCUCACAGCAACCUGUCAUAUUGUCUGAUUAAAACAAAGUCUUUAUAGUGUGAAA